GGCGGGCGGCAGCUCGAGGGACGUGCGCGGAAUCGGCGGAGCGAGCGGGAAGACGCAGCCACCUUCCUGGUCAGCCAGCCCCCAGCGGUUUGUUCCCUCUCUCGGGAGUGCGCCAAUGCCCGGGCCGACCCAAACCCUGUCCCCAAAUGGCGAGAACAACAACGACAUCAUCCAGGAUAACGGGACCAUCAUUCCUUUCCGGAAGCACACCGUGCGCGGGGAGCGUUCCUACAGUUGGGGAAUGGCGGUCAAUGUGUAUUCUACCUCGAUAACCCAAGAAACUAUGAGCAGACAUGACAUCAUUGCAUGGGUCAAUGACAUAGUAUCUCUAAACUACACAAAAGUGGAACAACUUUGUUCAGGAGCAGCUUAUUGCCAGUUCAUGGACAUGCUCUUUCCAGGCUGCAUUAGUUUGAAGAAAGUAAAAUUUCAAGCAAAAUUGGAGCAUGAGUAUAUUCAUAAUUUCAAACUUCUGCAAGCAUCAUUUAAGCGAAUGAACGUUGAUAAGGUGAUUCCAGUGGAGAAGCUAGUGAAAGGACGUUUCCAGGACAACCUGGAUUUUAUUCAGUGGUUUAAGAAAUUCUACGAUGCUAACUACGAUGGGAAGGAAUAUGACCCUGUGGAGGCUCGACAAGGGCAAGAUGCAAUUCCUCCCCCUGACCCUGGCGAACAGAUUUUCAACCUUCCCAAGAAGUCUCACCAUGCAAACUCCCCCACAGCAGGUGCAGCUAAAUCAAGUCCAGCAUCUAAACCGGGAUCCACACCUUCUCGUCCCUCUUCUGCCAAAAGGGCUUCAUCCAGUGGCUCAGCGUCCAGGUCUGACAAAGAUUUAGAAACACAGGUCCUACAGCUUAAUGAGCAGGUACAUUCAUUAAAACUUGCCCUUGAAGGUGUGGAAAAGGAAAGAGAUUUCUACUUUGGGAAGUUGAGAGAGAUUGAGCUGCUCUGCCAAGAACAUGGGCAGGAAAAUGAUGACCUUGUGCAGCGACUAAUGGAAGUGCUCUAUGCUUCAGAUGAACAGGAGGGCCACACAGAAGAGGCAGAAGCAGAGGAGCAAGCCCAUGACCAGCAGCCCCAGCAGCAAGAAGAGUACUGAACUGUCUCAGCAGCUCUUGGCACUUCCAUUGUGCAUGGGAACUUUCUUCUGGAGAAUUGGAACAUGUGUGGCCUCAAGCUCAGCAAAACACCAACUGUUCCCAAUCUGCUGUUAUCAUCAACGCACCAUUGCAUACGCCAGCCACUGCUCUUGGUUCCCACCUCCUUUGCCAAGAUGCAUUUGUAGGUGGCCAUUUGAGUCACCUACCUGAGAAAGUGUAGUGUUACAUACCUUCAGCAUCACCACUUGGCUGCUUGAGAUUGGUUCUGCUCUCUCCCUUCCCCAGCCCUCCCACCCCCCACCUGUUUCUUUCCAGAACAACUCUUCCCUACCCCAACACCACUACCACUUCCACCCCUUUUUAUCUUGGUGUGAAACAAUGGUAAUUUGGUAUAUGGUAUUUAUAUUGGCAUUUCUUAACCCAGUGUCACUAGAUGUCACAUGCAUUUGUGGUGCUUUGAUGUUUGCAAGUUUUAACCUCUGAUCAUCAAUUUGGUCAAGUAAUGAAUUGGAACAAAGGGAAACAGAUACUUGAUAUGAAAGCCAUAACGAUAGUGACUUGUGUCAUGGGGGGGGGGGGGGGGAACAAGUCAGUUUCUCCCUCUCUUCACAACAGGAAAGGGAAAGAAAUGGAUUCAACAGUAGGACUUCAGGGCCCAGCAGUAUUUCAUAGAGCAGCAUGUUAAACAACCACACAGUAUGUUGUUAGUUUCAAAAGACAUUCACUUGAGGAAAAACACCAUCUCAGCUUUGCCCUUUCUCCUCAUGCCCCUGCUCUCCCACCCCUGUUCCCAGGUUCUCAUGGUGUUUUCUUUCUCAGGGUCCUCUUUGGUGGGCAUCCAUGAACUCCAAGAUGUUGUUAUCAGCUAUCUGCAAUCCAAAGGGGGUCUUGAUAGGUGCAGGCCCUCCUGCCUCAUCCCUCGUCCUUGUGUGGUUUCCGCCCCCUCCUCCCCCUCCCCGGCCUGCCAUGCUUACUGGGGAAUUCCUACUAAAGGGUAAUGUGGGCCUGCAGCCUGAGCUGCAGGGCCCUGCGCGGUGUUACCCUCUGGUUGGAGGCUGGCAGUGAGGAUUCAUGGGAGCAAAAUUCCCAGAGAAUUUUGCGGUCUGGUAUUGACCGGGAGAACAGCAAUGGAACACCUUUGCCUCCUGGGAUCUUCUAGAUAAAGAGGAGUCUCCCCUCUUCCAACAUAAGGGCCUACGUAGUCACUGACAUUUGCUCAACCAUGGAAAUUGAUAAUAGAGGAAACAUCUAUUGAUGAGUUUAAAGCAUUCCUUAUAACUAAUAGUUGCACAUUUUUCUUAGUCUUUUUCCAAAUCUCUGCCUUUCUCUCCCCACCUUUUGACAGAUGGUAUCUCUUCCCAGAUCAUGCAUUUUGCUUGGUUUCCAACAUUAAGUUUACCUCCCCCUCCAUAUUCGACUUAGCAGGUGCAACAAAAACAGAAACAAAUGUGCCCACCCCACUUUCCACCUAAGUGAAAAAGCUUAAAAUAAAUUUAUGAAAUAUGCAUCAUAAAAGCUUCGAAAUCUCUUUAUUAAUCGAUGAAACACUUGAUUCUCAACUCUAGCAUUGAAGCUUGGCACCAAAAGAACUCUUUUUCCAAAAUAAAUCUUCCGCAGCAAAGUGGUAUUUAUUGAGUUACAUGUGGAAAAGAUGGUUUGUAUAUUCUGAGAUUCUUACAACACACUGUGCAGACUUGGACAGAUAGAUGUUCCAUGGGGUUUGACUUCCCUUUCUUCUCUCUCCUGCUCACUCUGCACGGCAGCAGCAGCUCAUUUCUCUCAGGCUGAAAAGCCUGGCUCCCAGCAGUGACAUCCUCCAACGCCUGGUUACAGGUAAUGGCUGUGCUAUACAUAGCACCAUGCUUACCAGUGUGUCACCCUGCUGAAGCUGUUGUACUCACCUUAUUUUAAAAUAGCUCUUGUAAAGAGGCACAAUAACUAACUCCCCACAGAUACUUCAGUGGUUCCUAGGCCAUUCUUCGCCUGCCCUGGGCAUCUCAGUAAUGUCCAGUACCCAGUAGCUCAUAGCUACACUUCUGUCAUGUGAAUGCACAUGAGUGGGUAUCAGGGAGUCAGGAUCAUGUGUUCUUUUAUGCCACUUGAUAUAUUUAAUUUGCAUAAGGCUCCCUGGUGACUCUGGCUGGAACCACUGUGUUCUUUAACAUCUCAGCUUUCCCAUAUGGAAAAAGGCUGACCUGCAAAAGGGAGCUUCCCCAGCCUCCCCAUUCCAUUCUCCUUCCCAGUGGCUUGGAGGAGACUCUAUUCGUGUAAAGAAGAGCUGCAUAUUUUUCUUCCUAUCCCAUCAUAAACAUCUCCUGUGGUGCUGUGCCUCAGUUGAUGUCAUGAAUGCUUUGGAGUAUCUUUAACAGCUGGGUUUCAGAGUCCAAUAGCUUCUGCCUGUGUACCCACCACUUAUCACCCAGAGAUGGUGGUACCCCAUUGUUCUAUCAUCUUGGUACUCAGAGCACACAUUCUUCAUGCCUCAACUUCACUCACAUGCCACUGUUCUGGGCAUGUGAGUGAAGGCACUUCCUUCCCUCUGAGAAAGUUGGGUUUCCGUUAGUGCCCUACACACUCACUGUUGGCUGGUUAUAGCACUUUCAUUGCCACGGUCAGACUGGAAGUGAUUGAAGCAGGGGGCAAAGAGAAAGUCCAUGUUCAUUCUGAGCAGAAAAGCAGGAACAAAAGAUAAAAUACUUGUUGACCCGAGAGAAGUAAACUCCAGAAGGGAACCAAGAAUUCCUUCCUUCCCUGGUGAGUAUUUCCAUUAUUCCGUUAAGGUUUAAUAUGCAUUCAGAUUACUUUUACUAAAUAGUACACCAUAAAGCUUUUGUUAUAUAUUAAAUGUAAACUGAAAGGAAUGUAAACAUAUGUAUUGUUAAUUAUAAAUAUAGAUAAGUAAUGGCAUAAUAGAAGAAAGGGUCUUAUUCAGAUGUAUGACAUCCAUUCCACAUUACCCACCUCUUGUCGCAUGGUAGAAUAGUUUUUUGUCUCUGAAUAUGUGAAUAACUUGACUUGCGUUGAUCUUUUUACAUAUUUAAUAAAAAAAAAAGUAUAUGUUAAAGUC